UCAUACAUGUGCCACAAGAUUCGAUGUGAUGUAGAAUCUUGUAAAGUCUUGGGGUUUUGGGUGUAUCUAAACAAGGCCUAUACACUACACACCCGUGCACGGAUGGUAUUCUCCACUCUCCGCCACCUGGCCCGCCUCCCGCCAAGUCCAAACUGCCAACUGCGACGAAUGCUUCCGAUCUCCUUCAAAGCCUCGAAGUGCUUGCUUGCUUCCAGGUCCCAAGUUCCAAAACCAUUUCUUCGCGUGCGCUUUCUUGCGUUCAUUCAUGUCUCCACCGCCACAACAGCAACAGGGGCCCGUUCCCCUCUCUCCGAGGCCACAGUGCUCGUUCCUGCCCGCCGGAAUGCCAGCCGAGCGCGUCGACGUCGCGGUCACCUCACGGACGCUGGUGCGGGCGUCCGACCCGCCGCGUGGCUUCCCCGCGGUACUCCAGCCCUCCAACCUCGACCUCAUCCUCGGCUCCUUCCACAUCUACCUCAUCGCCGUGUACCCCGCCCCGGCCGCGGGCUUCCCCGCCGUGGUCGCUGCCACGCGGGCCGCCUUGCCCGCGUUCCUCUCCCGGUUCUUCCCCUUCGCCGGCCGCAUCGUCGCCAACGCCGACACCGGCGCGCCCGAGAUCGCCUGCGACAACGCCGGCGCGGAGCUCGUGGUGGCGCACGCUGCUGGGGUGAGGCUCGCGGACGUCGACUUCGCCGACGCCGACCGCUCGCUGGGCCGCAUCGCGGUGCCGUUCCAGCAGGGCCUCGCGCUGUCGCUGCAGCUGGUCCGGUUCGCGUGCGGCGGGUUCGCGCUGUCGUGGGCCACCGACCACCUGCUCGUGGACGGCCACGGCCUGACGGCGCUGCCCAACGCGUGGUCCGAGCUGCUCCGCACCGGCGGCCGCCUGCUCUCGUGGGAGCCGCACCACGAGCGGGCCUCGCUCUUCCGGCCGCGUGACCCGCCGCGGUACAGCCCGUCGCUGGACGCCGAGUUCACGCGGUACGCGCCGGCGAGCCUCCCGAGCUCCCUCCUCACGGCCACGCUCGUGCGCCGCAACUACGUGGUGUCCGCCGCGGACGUGGACCGGCUCCGCGCCGCGGCCAGCACCCGCGCGCGCCGCGCCACGCGGCUCGAGGCGCUGUCGGCGCACGUGUGGAAGCUGCUCGCCGCGGCCGUGGGCGGGCUCGACGCGCGCUGCCGCAUGGCGUGGCUCGUCGACGGCAGGCGGCGCCUGGACGGCGCCAGGUACGACGCGGGCACCGUGCGGCGGUACCUCGGCAACGUGUUGACGUACGCGUCGCGGGAGGUGGACGUGGAGGCGGUGUCGUCGUCGCCGCUGGCCGACGUGGCGGCGAUGGCGGGCGAGGCCAUCGCGGAGGUGUUCCGGUCGGAGCGGUACGAGGAGCUGGUGGACUGGAUGGAGGCGCGCAAGGGGGUGUUCCGGGACCGGGAGGGCGGCGGCAAGUGGACGGAGGUGGUGGGCACGGGCACGGGGAGCCCGGCGCUGGUGGUCUCGUCGUUCGUGCCGUUCCACGUGGAGGGAGACUUCGGGUUCGGGCGGCCGCGGCUGGUGAUCCCGUGGAUUCGGCCGGGCCGGCUGGGUUCCGCGGCCAUGACGGUGGCGCGGAGCCCGGUGGAGGACGGGUCGUGGCUGAUCACCGCCAGGCUGUGGCCACGGCUUGCCGACGCCGUGGACGCGGACCCGGACGCCGUGCUCAAGCCGGCCACCGCCGCAAGGCUCGGGUUCGGCGCGCCUGAUCCGGCAGACGUGAUGCAGAUGCAGGAUACUACCAGUCGCAUGUGAGUCGUUGCCAGUCCCAGUCGGAGAGGCCGGAGCUGGGGGCCUCAGCCCUCAGCCGUCAGAACAGCAACUCCCCAGCCAGCUGCCUGUGUGGGCCGCGUAUGAGGUAUGUGACCAUGUGGCGGCAUGGCGCGGACGGAGGUGCGUGUCGUGUCGUGUGCGCCUACGUAUCCUCUCGCAUCGAUCGAUCUGGUCCAGUUUUGUCCAUUUUUGUCGAUACAAUCCAAGGAAACACAGGAGUUUUUUUUGGACAUGUCUUCUUUUUCUUUUUGAUCGUCAUGCAUUACAUUGGUGUAGCUUUUGCUGGCAACUUUGUUUGUCUUUGACGUUUGGAUCCACUCGUACUGGUUCUUUAGGUGUAGGUUAUUCGACUGAUCUCUUCUCUUCAGAGUUAAUUAUUAUUAAUUA